CGAAGCUUCUGCGUGGCCUUCCUUCCCCCUAUAUCUCCCACAGACGUCUUAAAAACAAACACCGCCAUGCGGAAAUUCGUAGCACACAGAGCCAAAACCAUCAUCACCAAAGCCACCGCCUCCCUUUUCACUCCCCAUCGUAUUCAUCCAACUUCCUCUUCCUCUUCCUCUUCCUCAGAUUUUUAUUAUUAUUAUUAUACUCGUACCCUCAAUCGAUUCUUCACUUCUCUUGAUUCAUCCACAUCCAUGUCUUCCGACAAGUCUGCGCCGCCUCUUACUGUUGAAUCCCUCAACCCAAAGGUCUUGAAAUGUGAAUAUGCUGUACGUGGUGAAAUCGUCUCUCUGGCUCAGAAAUUACAGCAAGACUUGCAAGCAAAUCCAGGUUCUCAUCCUUUCGAGGAGAUACUUUACUGUAACAUUGGGAAUCCGCAAUCUCUUGGUCAACAGCCAAUCACUUUCUUCAGAGAGGUUCUUGCAUUAUGUGAUCAUCCCACCAUAUUGGACAAGAGUGAAACACAGGGCUUGUUUAGUGCGGAUUCCAUUGAGCGAGCAUGGCAGAUCCUGGAUCAAAUUCCUGGAAGGGCUACUGGUGCAUAUAGUCACAGUCAGGGUAUUAAGGGAUUGCGUGAUGCCAUUGCUGCUGGCAUUGAGGCUCGUGAUGGUUUUUCUGCUGAUCCAAAUGAUAUUUUUCUGACAGAUGGUGCUAGUCCAGCGGUCCAUAUGAUGAUGCAGUUACUAAUAAGAUCAGAGAAGGAUGGAAUUUUCUGUCCAAUUCCUCAGUACCCUCUUUACUCUGCUUCAAUCGCUCUUCACGGUGGCACUCUUGUUCCUUAUUAUCUCGAUGAAGCAACAGGGUGGGGACUUGAGGUCUCUGAGCUCAAGAAGCAACUGGAAAUCGCUAGACAAAAUGGUAUUACUGUUAGGGCCUUGGUUGUGAUUAAUCCAGGAAACCCUACAGGCCAGGUUCUUGCUGAGGAGAACCAACGAGAUAUUGUGGAGUUCUGCAAGAAAGAGGGUUUGGUUCUUCUAGCAGAUGAGGUAUACCAGGAAAACAUCUAUGCCCCCAAUAAACAAUUUCACUCGUUUAAGAAAGUCUCUCGUUCAAUGGGAUAUGGCGACAAGGAUAUCCCCUUGGUUUCGUUUCAGUCGGUGUCUAAAGGGUAUUAUGGUGAAUGUGGGAAAAGAGGAGGUUACAUGGAGGUCACUGGUUUUAGUCCAGAGGUUAGGGAGCAAAUUUACAAGGUGGCAUCUGUGAACCUGUGUUCAAAUAUUUCUGGUCAAAUUCUUGCAAGCCUUGUUAUGAGCCCUCCUAAGGUUGGAGAUGAAUCCUAUGAUUCCUAUUUUGCGGAAAGAGAUGGCAUCCUACAAUCACUAGCAAGGCGUGCAAAGACAUUGGAAGAUGCACUGAACAGCUUAGAGGGUGUUAGUUGCAACAAAGCAGAAGGUGCAAUGUAUCUUUUCCCACGCAUUCGGCUGCCCAACAAAGCAAUAAAAGAAGCAGAAGCAGCUAAAAAAGCACCGGAUGCAUAUUAUGCUAGCCGCCUCCUGAAUGCCACUGGUAUCGUUGUGGUUCCUGGUUCCGGUUUUGGUCAGGUCCCUGGAACCUGGCAUUUUAGGUGCACGAUAUUGCCUCAGGAAGAAAAGAUUCCAGCCAUAGUUUCAAGGUUGACAGAAUUCCACAAGAAGUUCAUGGAUGAGUUCCGUGAUUAGAUGAUGUUAUGAGGCUUCAUUCACAAGGAAUAAAUGGGAGUAAAAGAAAUUUUACAGCUUUGCCAAACUUUUUGUUAGUUGUCUGUUUAGAGCCAAGAAUCUUGAUGAUUUUGUGUUUCUGGUUGACAGAACAUAUAUCUAAGCAUUUGCCAUCACUAGACAUAUUCUGGAAAUCC